AGUAUCCAUUGGUGCUAAGUGAGGACGAGAGACAUAAGCUCUGGUUUCGUCAGGACACUGAGUUCUCGCUUCCCAGAGCUUUUGUCUGCUUGAUUCUGGAGAAUCCUGUCCACAAGAUCUCUGCUAAAAAUGCUGUCUUGCUGGAGAUGUUUGUGGAGCUACUUAGCCUCAACAUGUCUGGGACGAUCUAUAAUGCUGAGGUGGCACUGCUUGAAUAUGCAUGUAGUGUGGAGAACAGAGGAGUUGUUAUUAAAGUCAACGGUCUGAACGAGAAGCUGCCGUCACUGUUCAAAAUGGUGGUGGACUCAGUUGCCUCGUUCUCAACUACACAGGGGGAUUUUGACAUGAUAAAGGAAGGACUCCACCGGUCUUAUCGAAACAGUGACCUUGAUCCUGAAGCCUUCUGCAGCACUGAGACGGAUGAUGGCUUUCUUCACAGGGCUACCUCAGAUUUAUAAUGCCUGCAUCUCGCUCCCGAUCUCACAAUGUAUGUGUGUGUGUAUGUACGCAGGUCAACCCGACUCAGGGUUCUUCUGCCGCAGUACUGGAGUUCUUCACAGAGAGACUCUGAAAUCGAUGCACUAACAAUUCAGGAUCUCACGGAGCUCUUGGAGCAGUAUGGAGCACACAUGUUUGCAGAAAUGUUGAUUCAAGGCAACAUGACACCGGAGGAAGCAAAGGACUUGGCUGUUUACCUCCGCCGUGAGAUGGAUUUCGGGCCUCUCUCGAGGGAGCAAAGAUUCAAGCCCGGUGUGAAGUGGUUGCCAGAAGGUAGCCUCGUGACUGUGGAAAUGGCCAACAGAGACCCAGACAGUCCCAACACUGUCGUUACUGACUACUAUCAGUCCUGUCCAAGAACAGAUAGGGAUUCGACUAUUGCGUCACUGCUAGUGUCUUGCAUGGAGGAACCAGCUUUUGAUGACCUCAGAACAAAGAAGCAACUUGGGUACACUGUGUCUCUGAACUACCACAACUAUGAGAUGGUUGCAUUCUCACUGACAGUCGUUUCACAGCCAGCUAAAAAUAGUGUUGAAAAGGUUGAGGAGUGUAUGCAGAACUUUGUGGCUGGUUUCUGUGAGACGCUCAAGUCCUGGAACAAGAAGAUAUUUCAGUCGCAUAUUGACUCGGCGAUACAAGAGAGGCUGGAGCCAGACGUAUCUCUGGAGGAGGAGGUGGGCAGAAACUGGGGCGAGAUCCUGCACAGCAAAUACUGCUGCUUUGACCGUCACCUCAAAGAAGUGGAGGUUUUGCGUGAGUUGACGCAGCAAGAGGUGUGCGAAUGGCUCUGCAGCUAUACUCAGAAAGGAGAUUCCUUGAAGCAACUACGAGUGAAGGUGGAAAGCAAGGACUCUUUGCCAAAGGCUGAAGGUGUUAGUGACACAGACGGACCUUCAGGGGGUCCUGAAGGUCUAAACUACGUAUUACUGAAGGAACAUGACAUUGAUAGAUACAAAGACAAGCUGCAGACUUUUACCUCGUAGCAUCAAUAAUCCCGAAGAUAAGUACGCAUGCGCGUGAGCGUUACGUAAACACGCCAUGUUUUUAUGCAAGAGACAAACAAGCGAAGCAGCAGCAAGCUCCACCUCACCUGCUGACGAGAGAGAGUUCGGUGUUAGAGCUGAUCCUACUGCACAGCUUACUAUACGUCCAGCCUCGGUCUUAGAGGCUCCGCGGGCGUUAGAAAUACGUUUCCCUGACGCCAAACGGCGGCUCGUUGUCAAGUUGAAGCUGCAGGAGGACCCACAAAGAGUUGCAGUCAAUGGCGGCAGGGUAUCGAGUCUACGAAGCCCUAUACGAAUUCGUAGCGAGGGAAUUGUCAGAGCUGAGUAUCGCCGAGGGAGAGAGGGUAGUCGUGUACGAGAAAGCAGGCGGCGGGGGAUGGCCGGACCCGGCCAAGUGGAUGAGGGGCACGAACCAAGCUACUGGGCAGACUGGCGACUUUCCCGGCACCUACUGCAAAUUCCUGGAAGAAGUAGCGCCCGCCCCACCACCUCCAGUGGCGGAGCGUUCACGGCUCCCUGAUCCCGUGGUGGCCGACGCGCCUCCUGUGCCGCCCAGGAGAGGAAAGCCAUCGUCUCCUCCGCCCGCAGAAGGCAUACUACCUCCAAGAAUAAUCCCACGUAAACCACGUCACUCACUCGACAAUUCACUGGGUCCCCAAUCCACCGGCUCCGGUCGCAACCUCACCCCCGAGCCUCAGGAGCCGCCAGAGAGCCACGAAUGGUUUAAAGUAACCUUCCAACUCCCAGUUCAGUGUAUCGCAUGUGACGACUUUAUCUGGGGCUCAGCAAACGGAGGCUGCAAGUGCGAGCGGUGUCUCUUGACGUGUCACGUCCACUGUAUGCAGCACGUGGACACAAACAUACUCUGCAACUGCUGUGACUGACGAUAAAGUUUCUGUCACAGAUGGAAUAUGCACAUACUGUCAGCUCUUUCAACGAGUAUUCGCUGACGGACGUAGAACUGUGGAUGAAGGCCGUUCAGAUAGACGCCUACUACCAACUGAUGCUGGACUUUGGUGUCAAGAAAGGGGCUGACCUCAAGUACAUAGGGGACCAUGAACUACAGGUGUAGUACUUCUGUACCAGUACCUACAGUAGGUCAUUAAUAGUGGCGAGCGGGCGCCUUUGCUUUACGAAGCAAGUUCUUUGCAAAGUAUGUAUGCACAUGAAGUAUGCAAAAAGAGAUAUCUAUUAUCGCAAAAGAGUUGACUAUGUUGUGGUUUUUGCCCAGAACAACUCCCCCGAAUACGAUUAACAUACAAUUUUAAUUGACGCACGUACAACAGAUCGCACGCAGAUUAGACUUCAUUGUUGUUUGUCUUGGUGACACACACUGUUGACACCUCUCUCUCUGUCUCUCUCUCACUGUGGUCUCGGUAUGUUGUAUUUAGGAAAUGGGAGUGAAUGAUGAGUGGCACAGACAGACCAUAAUGGAGUGUCUGGACGAACUCUGCACGGGAGGGUCCUCUGUGGUCCCGGUGGUAGGACUGGAGGGAGACGAGAUGGUGGACAUGGGAGAGAACUUCCGCAGACUCCAGGGCAUGGCCCUCUCCGCCUCUCUCUCCUCCAUUCCCUCCAUGUUUGCCGGAAACAAACGUGCCGACAAGUUUGUUGGUGGUCAUCACUUCAGGAUGGACAGCUUCACGGCUCCGAGAUGGUGUGACGUGUGCGGACGAUUCAUGUGGGGGCUUGUGAGGCAGGGGAUGAAGUGCAAAGCGUGUCGUAUGGUGGUGCAUCGGAUGUGUAUGGUGGAGGGAAUCCUAGGCUGUGAGAUCUGGCAGAAGAAGAAAGCUGGAGGAGAGAUGCCGGUAUUUGGAAUAGACAUAACAUCGCAGUAUGACGUCCACAUGCAACCAGCACCCACCGUGGUCCUCAAAUGUAUCGAGGCCGUGGAAAGCAGAGGUAUCAGUCUUGAGGGGAUAUACAGAAUCAGUCCAGCCCUGGCACUGGUCAACAAACUGAGGGCAUCUUUUGACAGAGAUGCGGAGGCGGUGGACAUGUACACUGCAGAACCCCACGUCUUCUCGGCAGCCCUCAAACUCUACCUGAGAGAGUUACCCGUCCCCAUCAUGACCUACGACCUCUACCCUGACUUCAUUGCAGCCGGAAAGGGAAGUGGAUAUGGAGCAGUGUUUUCAGGAGUUGAGCCACUUCUAGACAGAUUGCCGCCUCAUCAUCGAUCCACACUUGACACCAUCCUCAAACACCUAGCCAAAGUGGCUACAUAUGCACCUCAGAAUAAGAUGAACAUCCAAAACCUGGCUCUCAUAUUCGGUCCUACACUCAUCAGACCGCCGCCCGAUAAUAUCAGUGAGCUGGUAUGCAACAGUGAGAUCCACUGUAAGAUAGUGCAGGUACUGCUGGUCAAGGGCCACUGGGUCGAGGCACAAGAAGAGCCGAGCAAUGCAAUUUUGAGCAACCACUUGAAACCUGAACCCCCCACAGGUCCUCCUCCAGUCAUCAUAAGACCCGUUUCCCCUGUUCCCCACCGGCGAUCGGAGAGACCUCCUCCUCCCAUUCCUCCCUCCCCUCCCCCAAGUCCUCCCCUCGCUGCCUACAUUGGUCCCAUCCAUGAACAGGGCUGGUACUGGGGAAACAUUACUAGAGAAGAUGUGACCAACAAACUAAGAGACAUGCCCGACGGUUCCUUCCUCAUUCGAGACUCGACCCGCGUCCCCGGAGAGUACACACUCACCGUUCGCAGGGCCGGGACGAACAAACUCAUCAGGGUCAUAUUCUCCAACGGGAUGUACGGGUUCUCCGACCCCACCAGCUAUGGCAGCGUGGUGGAGUUGAUUCAGUACUAUACCAUCAACCCACUCACAAAGUACAAUGCAAGAUUGGACGUAACUCUCAGCAACCCUGUCUCCAGAUUUGACGAGGCAAAGCUGGAGUUGGACGAAGACGAGGAGGAGGAGGAAGUGGGACACGCGGAGAUGGUGGCCCCGCCCGCCUAUCGGGAAGACGAUGACCUAAUACUGCAGAACCUUCUACAGACCACGGAGCUCUUUGACCAGAAGAACAGCGAGUACAUGAUCAUGGAGCAUAAAUCUGAGGCCUUCAGAAAGGAAGUGGAGCAGCAGCGUAAGCUGACGAAGGCCAGUGAGCUCGUAUUCGAGCUGUUCCGAGAGCAGAUUCAGAGAAAGCACGCUCCUGGACUCAGCAAAUCCGAAAAGACUGCUCUGAUGAACAACGGAAGGAAGGUCGGGAAGAAGCUGCAAGACGCUAAGAAGACCACGGAGCAAGAGAGGCGACAGGAGAAGGAGCAGAACAUUAUGUUCCGGACGCUCGACAAGGACCUCAACACCAUUCGACCUGAUCUCAUGAAACUACAGGGGAGGAAGGAUGCCCUUCACAAUCAAUUACUACAGCUGGGCUGGAGUCCACAGAGAAUCUCAGAGCAAGUGAAACAGGCUGCCGUUAACGAGAAUGAGAACAUCUAUGGCACUAUCUAUGCCGGUCUAGGAGAUGGUGGAGACGACCCAGAUGAAGAGGAGCUGGCCUCUCCUCCCAGCAACCACACCCCCAUUGCCGUCAACAACCCCUACGUCAUUGAGCCAGGGAUAUCUCCUCUUCCUCCGCCUCCACGAGCGAACCCGGGCAGCUCGGGACUGAGCACCCCCAGCCAGCCCAUCUCCCCACGGCCAUUGCCUGAUUCCCCGGCCAGCCUGAACUCUCCCAUGACCAACAGUUUCCCUCGUCCCCUCCCCAAGCCACCCACACCUUCUCUGGUCACGCCCACUAGGAAACUACCCGAUAGACCAAAGUCGUGGGUAGAGAGUCCGUCUCACAGUCUCCCCCCUCUCCCCCCUCUCCCACCUCUCCCACCUCCUGCCAGCAGAGAAAAGUCGCGACUGAAGAGCACCUCGGAGAUUCUGCUACCGUCCAGACAGCAGGACUCAAAGGUAAAGCCACACGAGAGAAUGGAAGCCUGGUUCAAGGAAGUGGACAGGAACCAGGCAACAGAGAUGCUAAAGGAGUCGAAGAACGGAACUUUUCUCUGCAGGCCGUCCACGAAGCAGGCGAAACUGGGCCACGGAGAGAUCCAUACACACACCAUUGACGUUGUGUACAAUGGUUUCAAGCACAUAAAGGUGUUUCAGCACAACGGAAAGUACGGGCUUCUCGGUCCCGUGCAGCCACAAGAGCCUAAUGGAGCUGGUGCUGCACUUUUCCGAGCACUCACUGGUCCAGCACAACCCCGGGCUUCACACUACCCUCCAAUUCCUGUCGACGACAAGAACUAGACGAUCUCGCGGGGACAAGACAAUGAUUAAUUUUUAGUUGCCAUUUCUUUUCGCUCUCUCUUUCUCUUUCAAUUUUUGUGGGUCUGGCGACCUUUUUCUCUUUGAUUCUCAUCUCACUUGCAGUGCUGGCAUCUAGUGUGAUUUUGAUGAUUUCACUGUAAAGAAGGCACAUGAUGGUUUUACUUUGUGUAAUGUAGUUUUGUAUAGCUUUUUAGGUUUUCUUUAUUUGAGCAAUUUCAGAGCAAAGCCAUGCCAACCAGUGUGAUGUUGUGGUUUCAACCCACGUAGUGUGUCCUCGUUCAAUUGAGGGGAAACCAUAAACAUCCGCCGCUGCCCGCAGCUGCUUCUUCCGCUGCAGACUUGAAUAGUGGCACAUGACCAUCCGCCCAGUGUGGCUAUAGGUUGCGGACGGCGCGAAUUGCGUUCAGUCGGUCACUUAUCAUCAUCUGGACAAUAAUGAUGGGGCCGGGGCUGCAGUCUUCCCUAACGAGAGCCGUGCUCGCAAUGAUCUUCGCUUCGGCGGCGAUGCUGCAGUGCAGCCAAAGCACUAAUGCUCUGGUCAUGCCUCGCCUGCCCGUUGCGGCGGAACGCUACUACCAGGAAGAGGGGGAGGGCCCCGAAGAUUACGACUCCAGUUACGAAGACGACUUGAAGAGAGCAAUAGAAAAGGCCACGGGACCACAGACGGUGCUAUUACUGAGCUCCCUGUCUGGCAGAAUGGUAUCUGCACAUGGAGAUGGUCUAAGAAGUGACGGAACAACGCAAGAUCCUGCAACUCGGUUUGUGCGAACAGCGGUGUCUUAUAACACAGUCACACUCUCAACACAAACCUCUGGUGGCAAACACAUACUGGGCAUUGACAGCAGUGGCCACAUCGCACUGGAUGCAGCGAAUUCCUCAGAUAUAGCCCACGUGUUUGAGCUGGUAAGCAUGGACCAAUUCGAUGAAGACAUGCUGGGGCCAGUUCAGCUACGAGCCAAGGUCGGUAGCAACUACUGCUACCUUGCCUUUGAUGCCAGCAACCUUCCACUGCACAAGACUUGCACUCCAGAGCUAAUGGCCAAAGUAUCUAAGACUGAAACCUUUUUCUCACUUGUACCCAUGUAAUAAAAACGUCCAGAUUUCUUUUUUUUAGUAAUUUUAACAGACAUGUAUACAAUCAUCAUUAUUCUCACAUAUUUAUUUUGACC